AUGGAUACUUAUGGGUAUAUGUAUCGCAGCAGUUUUGAUGUAUCAACACCGUCGUCAAAUUUACUUGCUUCUGAUGAUGACUCAGGCGGCAAUGCGCAGUUCCAACUUACAGUUUAUCUUACGUCUGGUACUACAUAUAUUCUGGUUGUCACAACUUAUAUUCCAGGUGUAGUGGGACCAUUUUCAAUCAUUGCAUCCGGUCCAGCAAUAGUCGUCUUUACAUUGAUUGUAAUCCCAACACCAACAGGAACAACUGUGCCAACUAGCACAACUACAGCGAAUAAUAGCUGCAAUGCAAAACCUGGCUCAAUAGUCAUUGCGGAUACUAAGCCAAAAGCACCAUCAGGUCGCUCGCUUUCAUCACCUAUAACUUACCACGGAGGCCCUGUUAUGACAAAUUCAGUUAUCUAUGUAAUUUGGUAUGGAAAUUGGACUGCAAAUAAUGGAACAACAAUUAUACAAAAUUUUUUACAAGGUCUUGGCUCAACUGCAUGGUGGAAUAUAACUAGAAGAUAUAAUAACACAUCACCAAUUACCUUUGGUCGAUCAACAACAGAUAGCUAUUCGCAAGGAAAAAUUCUUAAUGAAUCACUUAUAUUUGCUAUUGUUCAACGGGCUAUCAACUCAGGAGCGUUACCAAAUGAUACAAAUGGAGUAUAUUUCGUAUUGACUUCUGCGGAUUGCACCGAAUCAUACUUCUGCAGACUAGCUUGUGGUUGGCAUACCGUCAACGUUCGGUCGAAUCUGAAAUAUUCGUGGGUAGGAAAUCCAGAACAAUUGUGUCCAAGUGACUGCUCUUAUCAGCUGGUUUCACCGAAUGGCAAUGCAGGAGCAGAUGCAAUGGUUAGUGUUAUUGCUCAUGAAGCAGCUGAAACAGUCUCAGAUCCAUAUCUCAAUGCUUGGUAUGACUCAGCUUGUGAUGAAAACGCUGAUAAAUGUGCUUGGACAUUCGGUAGCACAUCUCUAGCAUCCAAUGGCGCAGCGUACAACAUGGUUGUAAAUGGUCUUAAGUAUCUAGUUCAACAAAAUUGGCGACUAACUACUCAAGACUGUGGCAUGUUAUAG